GCAAUCGCAUCCGAGACCAAAUUGUGCCUUCAGGGUAACCAUACGGCUGCACAUGCCAAACUGCGUGAAUGGAUUCGGGCUGCGGAAUCUAGUUUGGGUAUUGCAGUUCCAACUCCGUCUGCAUCGGCUAGCGCACAAAACCCGUACAACGGUCAACCACAUGCAACAUCUCGACAGUUGACUGCGUAUUCAUCUGUCAGUGAUGUCAAUUCAUUGCAGAUUAGCACGAACCCCCGGGCUAUGAUUGCUCAAGGAUUGUCUUUUCCCGAUUGUCAGAAACUGGUCAGUGUUUUUGGCGACGAAACAUUCGUACAAAUGCUACAUGACGAGCAUCAGCUUCUGAUCAGCGAACUUCAGAAACGCAAGGAUCUAUGGAAUGAAGCAAACAACUCGACACNNNNGACACACCUCUCCGCUAAUUUGCAGAUCGAACGCUCUUCUCUAAUGUCCCGUAUGAAUCGUCUGGAAGUUGCCUGUGACCUACGUUCUAGCGCAUUUGAGGCUGCUUUGACCAUGGCCACCCGUUUGCAAGAAAGUCAGACUCACAUGAUUGCCUGGUUAGCUGAGGCAGAACGACACCUGCAGGCCAUUGAACUAGAUGAUCGGUCCCCUGGUCAUCAGCUUCAGUCUUCGAUUCUAAGUUCAACUCUAGUUCGCACGUCACCCGAUCGUUUUCCUCGACUUCGGGGUAAAAAGAACGAUGGAAAGAAUUGGCAACACGCUACCAAGUGUUCCUCAGAAGAAUCAAGUCAGCCUGUGCAUACCCAAUCCACACUCUUGCGUCUAUACGAAUAUCUGCGCUGCAAUCAGUCGCUCAUGGUUCGCGGCAGCUACGCCUCCUUCUGCCGUUUGUCUGAGAGUUUGCUCCAACCGGUGAACAGAUCCACCUCCGGUUGGAAUGGUUCUUCCAAAAUGGUGAUUGGAUCUUGUCACGCGAAAGCUAAACCGGUGCUACGUCAGAGGCAUCAUCAUAUUCUGGCCCGGUGGCAUCAGGUUGAUCAACGUUUAGGACUACUACGGGCUCAAUUGUGUUUUUCUCGUGGCCGGUCCAAAGAGCUGGAACUGUCCAUGGAACUGGAGCAAAUAGAGCUGCGAAUUAGACAGUGGGCUCGCCAAUUACGCCAACUGAAAGUGGAGGAUAUGAUUUUGUUUCAAGAGUUGGACGAAGCCGUUUUCGAAGCAACAAAAAUAUUCCCCAUCACUGCUCCAUCGAUCAAUUCCAGUCGGUCCAGUAUUAAAAUAACCGUAUCUGGUAUCUCAGAUGAGACACAAUCAGAGUGUGGCUCGUCCGUGGUGUCUACGGCCACUGGCCGCGCAGAUUUCUGUGAAGUGGAUGUGCUAGUGAAUCGGAUUUGUGAAGUGGUCAGCCGACAACAGAAUUGGCCUACAGAUGAACUACUGGAAAAGAUGGAGAAACGAUUCAUGCAAGCACUGGGUAUGCAAACGUCUGUGUUAACUAGUCAGCAUGAAAUCAAUGCACGUCUUCAAGCCUAUCGUCAAGCUUUUGGUUUACGAGACAGAUCGGACUUAACUCGUGCCCGCACCCCUACUUCGGCUCGAGUCGCACGACCCCGCUCGUCCACUGGUCCGUUCCUCUCAGUCAGUGCAUCGGAUGAACAUAGCGAACAACACUGUCUGGUAGAGGUGGACACAUUCAGUAGCGCCCAGGCUGACGAUGAAGCCGAAGAAGAAGUGGUGGAUGGUGAGGACGUGGACUUAGAAAUGAACACACUAUCGGUUCUAUCACAACCAUCCAUUGAAUUUGACUCGGGUCUAACAUCACCAGAGUCUCGAAUGAGCCAUUUGGUGGAAACGGAAUCAGCCUGGCGUCCGGUGGUCCAGGGUUUUUCUGUCCCGCCAGUGAGCGGUUCUAUCAGCCUGGAUCAGCUACGCGAAAAGCGGUGCCGAUCGGUGGAGACCGAGUUUCACGCAGUCCUACAGCAAACUACAGAACGUCUCACGGAUAUGCAACGGUUGCAAGAGGCCUUGUCCGCACACAUCCAUAUGAAAAAUUUCGAUUUCGCUCGUUGGAAAGAAAACUAUUUGCAUUGGCUUUCUGUCCGACGUUUUCGUCUCUUGGAUUUGUUCCGUGUACGGCCAAACACCACGUCCCAGUCUGGUUCCAGUUCCAUUACGCAACUCGUCAAUACACCCCUCACUGUUCCAAAAUCGGAUAAUAAUUCACUCACACGACGUGCAUCCACGAGUAGCAGUGCUUAUAACCCCGGUGUGGAUUCAACUGAAAACGGACUACGUAGUCGUGGACCCUCACCUGUCAAACCGAUUGCUUUUGGCAGCAGUUGUUCUCGAUUCUCGGGAGCCGGGUCUACGGAUCAGCUGUCGGCGGUCAUGGAUGGCACAGAUAACGGGCAAGGAGAGAUUGAAUUGAACUGCUCGCAGUUUGUUCGGCGAAUCUUACGAGAUCGGCCGGACUUCCCUGGUUCCAGUCCUUUAGAGUUGCGUGCGGCUUUUCGAGCUAUCGACACAGCGAAACGUGGGCGUAUCACAUACAAACAACUUGCCGAUGCACUAAAACCAGAACGACAGCGAUCUUCCGUACAGGUGGAUGAUCUGAUAGCAACUGCAAUAGAGCUCGAGACUAGCAAGUGUACGUGCGAAUCCAAAUUUCUCCCGGUGUGCGUGGAGGCCAACAAAUACCGGUUUGGUGCUAGUAACCGAGUCAAUCUAGUCCGCUUUCUGAAUAGCACUACCAUGGUUCGUGUCGGAGGUGGAUGGGUAACCCUGGCGGAAUUUCUCAACUCACGAGAUCCCUGUCGAGCGCGCCGAAAAGUUCCAUUGACUGUUCCGAAGUCACCAAUUCCGAAUCGCCAUAGCAGUACCAGUACACCCGUCCAUGACAGUCCAACCCCUGGCCUGGAAACGAGUUUUAUUCUGAGUCCGUUGGAUGGGAUUUCCACUCUUUCGGAAACCCGACCACCAGCUCCACCUAUCGAAGUCAAAAAGCGGACGCCAGUCACAGGCAAACUGCUUGAACGUCGUAUACCAAAAGCAAAACCCCGCCAAAAACUUCCGAGUGUGCCUGAUUGGCAACCCUGA